AAUGGUUUCUCAUGUUCCAUUGAAACUCAACUGUUUUGUUUUCUACGAUCCUUCGAAACUCAUCAGGCCUCAUUCCAUGCUCCGUUGAAACACACCAGGUUCUGUUUCCCACAUUCCUUUUCAACUACCAAGUUUGCUGGAAAAUGUGUAUUAUACUACUGUUGCAUCAAAACAAAAAGUGAAUUAAAAGUGUUGGAAUAACAUUUAAUAUGUUGUAGAAUCUGCUGUUUACUGAGCAAAGAGGAUGCAGAGGCUUCAAGGGGAUAAAGACAAGCUAAGUGACUGUGAACAAUGUGGCAGAUAGAGUACAAGAAGGAAAAAUGUGAGAUUACAACCCGAGUAGAAAAAAGAUAUGUUGUGUAUUUUUUAAUAAUGAGAGAUUGGGAAACAUUCAGAAGGGACCUGGCCAUCCUUAUACACGGGAAAUGUAAAGCUAACACAGUGCAGCAGGCAAUUGGGAAGGCAAAUGGUACAUUAGCUAUUAUUACCAUUCAUGAGAAAGUUGGUGAAACACUUGUACGCUGAAGCUGUAGUGUAGCGGUUAGCGUAACGCUAUUACAGCACCAGUGACCCGGGUUCAAUUCCGGCCGCUGCCUGUAAGGAGUUUGUACGUUCUCCCCGUGUCUGCGUGGGUUUCCUCCAGGUGCUCCGGUUUCCUCCCACAUUCCUAGGACGUACGGGUUAGGAGCUGUGGGCGUGCUAUGUUGGCGCCGGAAGCGUGGCGACACUUGCGGGCUGCCCCCAGAACACUCCACGCAAAAGAUGCCUGUUUCCAUGUACAUGUGAUGAAUAAAGAUAUCUCCUCUCUUAGAGGCAUAGAAGUGCACAAAACAAUGCAGAGCCUUGUCUCCCAGCACAGAGAGAGGGUAGAAGACACCACAAGUGCCCAGCAGCUCAGGCAGCCUCUGUGGAGGGAGGAGGGCAGCGAGGGCGCACUGCCGCACGGUCCCCUUGUGCUCCCAUUUCCUCGGGACGCCAUUGGUCGAGCCAAAGAGCGCGCGCACAAGCAGUCCUGUUGCCGGGCAACCGGUCCCCCCGCCGCUCAUUCACGAAGGAGCCGCCUACUCGGUCAGCAACCAUUGGACGCGCUUGAUCACGUCAUCUGAUUGACGGGAGGAAAAGUUCCAAGGGGGGAAUGUGGGCGGGGCUGCCGUUAACAUUUCCUUUAAUAAAAGUUUUUGCCAGAGAUAAAAUAAGAGCUCGCGGCACCUUUCCAACGGUGCCGACGUUACGAUUUAAAUCGGACCGUUGACGCAGCAGGCACCCUGCCCUGCCCGGCGAGCGGCGGGCGGCAUGCGGCGCUACCUGCGGGCCGUGCUGCUGUGCCUGGCCCUCGCCUUCGUCCUCGUCCUCUACGUCUUCAACGAAAGCGCUGAGGCGGAAGGAGGAGUUCGCGGGCCGCCGACUCGGAGUAGGCGACAUGGAGGGGGUGAAGCGGGCCCGCGGAGCAGGUGUAAGGAUGUAUCUGUGUCUUUCUGGAAUCCAUAUUGGAUGCUGCCCACUGGUGUUUGUGCAGUGAACUGCUUUUGGGAAUCUGCAUUUAGGUAUGAAGUAGGAAGACUGAGCUCUACAGGCUCAUUAAGUUCUUCAGGGAGGAUGCAUCUGGCAGUGGUAGCUUGUGGCGAGAGAUUGGAAGAAACCCUGACUAUGCUAAAAUCUGCUGUUUUAUUUAGUCAAAAACCACUUUGUUUCCACAUAUUUGCAGAGGAUGAACUCCAUGAUAAGUUCAAUAGCUCACUGGAAAACUGGAAGAAGGAAUUUCAUCAGAAGUUCAGUCACACCAUCUACCCAAUUACAUUUCCAGCUGAUACUGCAGCAGUAUGGAAGAAACUCUUCAAACCGUGUGCUUCACAGAGACUCUUUUUACCUUUGAUCCUGAAAGACGUGGAUUCCUUGCUCUAUGUAGAUACUGAUGUCCUUUUUCUGCGUCCUAUGGAUGACAUAUGGGCAUUUUUUGAAGAUUUCAAUCAAACUCAGAUUGCUGGAAUGGCACCAGAACACGAGGAGCCACGAAUUGGCUGGUACAACCGUUUUGCCAGGCAUCCAUAUUAUGGUAAAACUGGAAUCAACUCUGGAGUAAUGAUGAUGAAUAUGACCCGAAUUCGAAAAAAGUACUUCAAAAAUGAUAUGACAACUGCACGGCUCAAAUGGGAAGAUUUGCUUCUACCUCUCUUCAAAAAGUACAAACUCAACAUCACCUGGGGAGACCAAGAUUUACUCAAUAUUGUUUUCUAUUACAACCCAGAAAGUCUCUUUAUUUUUCCAUGUCAAUGGAACUAUCGCCCAGACCACUGUAUGUAUGGCAGCAACUGCAAAGCGGCAGAAGACGAAGGAAUCUUUGUUCUUCAUGGAAAUCGAGGAGUCUACCAUGAUGAAAAGCAGCCAGCUUUCAGGGCUGUGUACAGAGCAAUAAAAAAUUACCCUUUCGGAGAAGAUCCCAUCCAUUCACUCCUAUAUCCACUUGAAAAAGAACUGCAGAAAACUACAAAUACUUAUUGUGGAAAGAUCCAUCAAGUCUUCACACAACGGCUGCAGAAGAGCAUAAGAACUUUACAGGGAAAAAUUUCAAGAGGGAGGUGAUUUUGUGAAAUCACUUUUUCAGAAUGUAUUUUUGCCUUGAACUUUAGGAAUUUGACCUUUUCUCAUAACCUAAACAAGAGAUGUUUUUAAACACGAGGAGGCAAAUUGAAAUGAGAUAACUGACACCAAUCACUGUAUAGGCAUGGGUAUUUUCAUUGAAACCUAUAAAUGUAGUCAUUAUCUCCAUUUGAGCACUAAUUUUACCUCUUUUUAAAAACUGAAGAAUUUAUUUAGUGGAAGACAAUGUUUACAGAGACGCAAGUGUUAUUCUGUCAAGUGAAGGUAUAUUAGGACUGACAAUCUGUUUAAUGUGUUUCAAUAUGAAGGUAAUUAAUCUGAAAUUGUGUGGUGCGAAGUUAACUUCAGAAGUGUUGUAUGUUCAUGACAAUCAAGUCUUGUAUAGCACCACAAAAGAUGUUUUUGCUCUGUUAGAAUCUUUGCCUAUUAUAAUAGUGUGAGAACAUGUAAGUGAAUUGAUUAAUUUUUUUUGAUUAUUGAUGAACAACUAAAAGUAGUUCACUUCAGCCAGUUACAAUUUUCCAGCAAUAAAGAUAUUCAUGCCAGAAAAUAUACCAAAUUGGUACCUCUUAAGAAUAGUUUUUCCAAUUAUUUUAGAAAAUGAAAGAAAUUGCUUUGUGUGUUUUAGCUUCAUUUUGAGUUUAAAUGCAGAAUGUUUAAGUUUGCACCCUAAAACACACAGAUGUGAUGCCCAGUACUUUUUUUUUUAACCACUUCAAUAUGUUGCUGGAAUUUGUCUUAUAGCUGAUAUUGCAGGAAAACUCAUAACUCCUGUAAUUAAAGAUAACAAAUUUUAGCCAGCCUGGACUGAAAUGUAUUCACUCAUUUCUUGACAGUCAAAUUUUGUUUAGCAGAGUAAAAUACUUGUUUACUGCUUGCCAUAGUGUUUUCUUUUCCUGCAGCUUCUGAGAAAUGGGAUACUGUGUAAACCAUGUAAAUGUACCAGACGACUAAAUGAAAUUGACGUAGUUGUAAUUUAGAGAUAAAUUAGUGAGAACUGAGUGCCAUCAUUUCAUGAUCUUUUUGGCUGAUUGCUUAAUAUUUUAGUUCUUUCAGAUUGAAAUCCCUGGUGGAAUGUAGUUAUUAAAAAUAAGUACCAAACAUUUUAUAGAAGUUUGGAAUUAUCUACAUCUAAGGAUAUUUUAAAUGACAAACUUAAAAUAUUGUUACAGUAAAUGUGAAAAUGCAAUGUGUAUUUUAAUGAAUAAAACAGUGUCAAAUCUGUUCAUG